GGCUUACUUUGAUGAUAUAAUAUAUUGUAACAUAUGUAAUAUCACAGCACAGCAAGCUUGCCGAUACCAGGAGAUGAAAGCUUUUUGGGUUCAAAUUAGGCAAAAGUUAUGCCUCAACUGUGAAGUGUCGUGGUCAACGUAUCUUUUGGUUGUAUUGUUCGGUAUAGGCUCAUGGGUUGCUGUGAACGGUAUUUGGGUAGAACUGCCAGUUCUUGUACAACACGCACCAGAAAGUUGGAAGUUGCCGUCGGUUUUCGCAGUCGUCAUUCAAAUCGCAAAUAUUGGACCUUUAUUACACACGGUUUUCAACGCAUUUUGGCCGGGGAAAGUUCGCGAUACAUGGAUAAUUUACAUCAUUCUUUCAAUCGGAAUCAUUUGUUGCGGUUUACUUGUCUUUUUAUGGAAGGAAACCGGUGUUGUUUUAGGCGAAGAACACAGCGUUUCUUUGAUAGCGCUUGUGUUCUUCUUGGCCUUUGUAGCCUGUACGUCUAGCGUGACAUUUCUACCAUUCAUGGCUGUGUUUAAAAAGGAAUAUAUGUCCGCUUUAUUCGUUGGUGCUGGUCUAAGUGGCUUACUUCCCAGUUUACUUGCUGUUGCACAAGAUACUCCAAGCAGUGGUGAUCCUUGUGCGAAUUAUACUCAGGGCAACACCACAUGGAGCGCUUCAGAUAACUUGAAUUUUAGUACAAGCAUUUUUUUCUUGAAUAUAAUGUUCCUGAUGGUGGUUUCACUAUUGGCUUUCUUCUGUUUGAACACGUUGUCAUCAGUAAAACAAGAGAGAGUUGAUUAUCACUAUGACAGCGAUGCAGAGACAUUUCCCAGGGAGGCUUUAUCCCUCGACUCAAGCCAGGAGUUUGAACUCCACCGAUUAGAAGAAAAUGAUGAGACUUACCUCUAUGAUGGCUCUCAACCUGGAUCAGAAAUGCAAAAAUGGAAGCUUGCGUUCUUGUUGAUUAUUCAAGUAUGGAUUCAUGCAUUCAGCAAUGGCGUCGUUCCUUCAAUUCAACCAUUUGCCUGUAUACCUUAUGGCAACAAUGUCUAUUAUCUUACUCUUAUCAUAUCCAACGUUGCCAACCCUUGCUCAAGUUUACUAUUCUCCUUGCUUUCCACAACACACCUAUGUGCUAUAGCCAUUCUUAGCAGCUUCUACACAACAAUUGUUGCAUUCAUUAUUACUGCAGCCAAGAUGAGUCCCAACCCUCCAAUGGUGAAUAGCAGUGCUGGACCACCAAUAAUUGUGUUGGCCAAUGUUCUUAGCGUUGCAUUAGUCACUUAUACAAAGGUUGCCAUAUCAACUCGGCUACGUAAACAGGGUAAAAAACAUUUGCAAUGGGCAGGCAUUGCCUUACAAUCAGGCUCGUUCCUAGGAGCCAUGGUCACAUUUCUAUUCGUCAAUGUUUUUGACAGCUUUUCUCAGUGUUGAUGCUGGGUUGUUCAGUCGCAUGAUCAUGACUUUUUAACUUUCAUCCUUUUAACCAUAUAUGGUCAUGAUCUUCUGGCAGUUUUAGAUAACAUUUUAGUAAUACUUAGGUCAUGUGAAAUAAGCACUAUAAAUUUUUAAUGAAAUAAUCAUUUUGCCAUUGACAAAUCAAUCAAAAACAUCAACGAAUACAAUGUCAAGUACACUUAGCAAACAAUAACAUUAAUCAUUUUUUGGAUUUCGGUCUGUGAAGUGCCAUUAACCUGCCAUAGUAUUUUUCAAGUUUCAACUGCCAUAAAUGUACUACAUUAUACACUAUUUUGAUUCGACUAACUUUAUUCAUUAAUUUAUAGUAUGAUAGUUUAUUUGCUGGUAGUAUAAGAAAAAGAUAAAGUGGUUGAAACACAGCAAAAAUGAUGAAAUACUGAUUUACCAGGUUAGCUGAGACUCUUUCUAAGUAAACAAAUGUUUUGUAUUUGGUGAUGUGAAUCCAACUGCAACAUUUAAUUAAUUUAUAUAGCCAUCUAUAAUCUUUAUUUCUGAGGAAACAGUGUUAGAAUGAAAGCAGUUAGGUCUUUUCUUUCAAUUAUAGUUUACAACUUGACAUACAAACAUCUGUUCCCUCUCAACAAAUAUUGUUUACUCAAAUAAAACUCAGCUGUAAAGCCAUCGCUUUUGUA